CGUCAGGGACCCCGAAAACAUCGUCAGGGACCCCAAAAACAUCACGGGACACCCCAAAAACAUCAUCAGGGACCCCAAAACAUCAUCAGGGACACGGAAACAUCGUCAGGAACACCGAAAACAUCACGAGACACCCCAAAAACAUCAUCAGGGAACCCCGGAAACAGUCAGGGACCCCAGAAACGUCAUCAGGGACCCCAAAAACACCGUCAGGGACCCCAAAACAAACACCGUCAGGGACCCCAAAAACAUCGUCAGGGACACCGAAAACAUCGUCAGGGACCCCGAAAACAUUACGGGACACCCCAGAAACAUC